UUCACGUGACGAUAUUUUUUUUAUGUAACAACCGGGUGACUGUCGGUCCACUACACUGUGAAGGACCGCGGCAGCUAAAGAAAUGAAUAUAGGCUACACGUCAACAGAAGAAAAACUACAUUACAUUUCUUUUUUUUUGACGCUACAAUGUCGCUCCAACCGCAAGUGGAGGACGCACCGGAGGAGAGAAGCGCCUUCUUCAUUGGCACUGACUCGGACAACGUCUCGGAAGGGCAGGACCACCAUCAACUUUUACUACAAAAAGGCAAUGCCUUAGCAUCGGAAAACUGCUUAAAAGAAGCCAUUGAUUUGUUUUCAGUGGCUUUGCAGUAUGGCCCUGUGCGACCAGAACAAUUAAGCACCUUCGUGGACUGUAUCCUCCGCAACUUUAAGAGAAAAGCGGCUGUACAAGACUCACUUUCGGGCCGGGGUCGCGAGGCAGGGGAUAGCUGUGUGGACGAUGAUGUGUUUGACUGUCCUAACUGUCAUAGCUUUUUAGGUGAGCCUGUGACCAUAGCCUGUGGUCAUUCGUAUUGUAAAAGAUGUUUACGACGACGGCUGCUCUCCAAAUGUAGGCUGUGCAAUGCACCCGUUAGCGGUGAGGAGAAAGCGAACAUAAUGCUGUGCGGACUUUUAGAAAAAUGGUUCCCCGACGAGCUGAAAAAGUCUAAAAAGAUAUGUGAAGUGGAUGAGCUAUGUAGAAGAAGGUGCUACCAAGAAGCUGUGUCGCUAGCAACCGAUGUUAUUCAAUGUGAUCCAGAGACGACCGCGUUGGCACGACUGUCUCGGGCGGAGGCUUACAUGGCUCUGAAACAGUACCGUCCGGCUUUAAAGGACACAGAACUUAGUCCCUGGUUCAGCUGUUCUGCUGAAGCUUUGUUUAGGAAGGCUAUGGUGCUACAUGAGAUGGGCCAAGUGGACGAGUCCCUCCAAGUCUUCCUCCACUGUCUGGCUGUAGACGAGGACUUCCCCUGUGCUAAAAGACAAGUGGAAAAGAUCCUCUGUGGCCUGCUCUCCCCCACUGAUGAGAAUGUCAAGGUCGGCCUGAGGGAAACGACACUGAACACGUCGCCUCACUUGGGCAGUAAAAGCCUCGUGGCCGAUGCCCAAGCUGGACCACACAGCCCCGUCCAAAGACCGCACCAACACCAGGUCCGCACCGCCUCGGCCCACCACCAUCUGGACAACCAGGAGAAACGCUGGGAAAGCCUGGAGCGGCCUGGUCUCAGCCGAGCUCAUUCGCUACGGAUGCAUGGCUCUAGUUGUGUUGAGGAAGGGCUCAAGAGAGUUUGCUCUGCUCCCCAGCUGGGCGACGAGGACAAGGCCAGCAUGCUGAAGAGGAAGUUGUCGGUGUCAGACACAGAACACUGUGUUGUGGACAAUGGCGGUAGCAAGCUUAAAAAACAAGGUGUGGCGAAAGGUUCCAAACAAAAGGCUGCCAAAGCUAAAACCUGCAGAAGGGUUCCUGAGGAUCUGCUGGACUCCAACGACUUGGAGUGCUCUCUCUGCAUGAGGUUGUUCUAUGAGCCUGUGACUACACCUUGUGGACACACCUUCUGUAAAAACUGUUUGGAACGCUGCUUGGACCAUACGCCCCAGUGUCCCCUCUGUAAAGAGAGCCUGAAAGAGUAUCUAGCAUGUAGAAAGCACAUGGUGACAACUGUCUUGGACACGCUGAUCAAACAGUAUUGGAGUCAGGAAUAUGCAGAGAGGACUAAAACUCACCUGGAGGAGACCCAAGAGCUUUCUAAUCCGACGAAGAAUGUGCCUAUCUUUGUGUGUACCAUGGCCUACCCCACCGUGCCUUGUCCCCUGCAUGUCUUCGAGCCACGUUACCGCCUCAUGAUUCGCCGCUGCAUGGACACAGGCACGCGGCAGUUUGGGAUGUGUAUUAAUGAUCCCCAGAAAGGGUUUGUAGAUUUUGGCUGCAUGCUGACCAUCAGGAGUGUCCAUUUUCUCCCUGACGGACGAUCAGUAGUGGACACCAUCGGAGGAAAACGCUUCCGGGUCCUGUCCCGAGGAAUGAAGGAUGGUUACAGUACUGCUGACAUUGAGCACCUGGGUGACGCCAGGGUGGAGGACAGUGACGAGCUAGAGAGGCUACAAGAGCUGCAUGACGCGGUGUAUGAGCAGGCCCGCGUCUGGUUCCAGAACCUCAAGAUCCACUUCCACAACCAGAUCCUGCAGCACUUUGGACCAAUGCCAGAACGCGAAGCUGACAUCCAGGCAACUCCUAAUGGUCCAGCGUGCUGCUGGUGGCUGCUGGCUGUUCUGCCUAUCGACCCACGCUACCAGCUGUCUGUCCUCGCCAUGACCAGCCUCAAAGAACGCCUGGUGAAGAUCCAGCACAUCCUCACAUAUCUGCAGAGCAUCCCCAACAACUAGAGCUUCUUCUUCUCAUCACCACCGCAAACAUCCUUUUAAACUUUGAAAUGACAUUCAAGCAACCCUGUGACAACAUUUUGCCAACUUUUGUUUCUACUGCCAUCUGAUCCUUCAACUUUUCUUUUUACUACACUUUUUUCUACACUAGAUAAAAGCAAAAGCUGAAACAUCCUUAAACUGUGGGCAAACCACCUCAGGGAUACUUUCUGCUGAGGCACAUUUGUUUGUGACUGUGGGAAAUUAAAAAAAAAGAAGAGAAAUAUGACAAACUAUUCUCAUCUGCUCGCGUUGUUAAUGCUGUUUAUUUUUAUAACGAUGUCCCUGAAUGACCCUGUUGAAAAGAGAAGAGUAGUUCCUACUCCACUUGGUUGAUAUUUUGUUGAUGCGGACAAAGGCGGCAAUAGAGAGAAGUAUAUCCAACAAUCAAUCUCGACUAUACCUUCUUUAAAGAUGGCACUUUGCUGAGCUGAGGUGAAGAGAGUAUUCUAGUUUGUGUUGUAUCGUCUCUGAUGACCAGUGACGUUUUUUAUGUUAAUAUGGACGAGGGGUGAUGUGAUUUGUGGAACAAAAUCCUAAAUGCAGAAAGUCCAAAAACGUUGAUAGCAAGAUGUGGUUUAAAAGAACCAUUGACAAGAGAUUUAUGCAAAACCAAGUGCAACUAAAGACUGUCGUAUGAAAGUAUUAAUCUUUAUCUUCCAAGCAUCACGUUUUCUUCGUACUCACUCCCAUAUAUACAGUAUUUGUACAUUCUGACCAUGUGUUUGUAUGAGAAAUUCUAAAGGGGUCUUGCAAUAUGACGAAUCAAAACAAGACAAAAACGUGUACAACUAAUGGGUUACUUAGCAUUAUUCUUCAUUCAAAGCUGCCCUCUGUCUAGUUGGAGGAGAGAGGACGGUACCUGCAGUUCUUCAAUCGGGACUGCAUUUGCCUUACGCCAUUUUGCAUUGAUAUUUUAAAACACGGUAUGUUGGCUGGGUUACCAUUCCUUUUUGCCAUAGCGUGAAGUAUGCUUGAAUUGUUAUUCUUCUUAAGUUAGUAGAAGGCACUAAUUGUGUAUAAAUAAAUCUUAGAGAAAUAAGUCAAGUCUGUUGUAUGUAAUUCAUCGGGGCAAAAAAAGGCUUUUUGGACAGAUCUAGCUUUUUGGUCAAAUGUUAAGUUAUCAAAUUUCAAUAAUAAAAGCACUUGUUUUUCAA